AAGGACUGUAUGAUGAUCCAAAAAGUACGGUGUUUUCGCGCUCUCAUUUGUUUUGUGGUUUCUAAUUUCUUCCUCUGUACUGUUAUUGCGUAACACUUCAUCCAUUACUCUCACAAGACAACUAAAAAAAGAUUUGUGAUUUUGGUUGACUCUUGUCACAGGUUUCUACCGUACUUCUCAAAAUAUGUUUCUUAUUCAUAUUGUACAUAUGCGGUGGUUGAAUUCGAUUAGCUCUCAUUUCCGAUUUUCAGGUCGUAUUGAUCCUACCUCGAUGUUGUUUCUAAUCGCUGUUGGUCGCUAUCGUUUUUAGAUCUAAGUGGAAUCUAUGUAUUUACUGAGUCGGCUCAGUUUUUAGUUUGUUCCUUUCUCUUCCAGAUUUUAUCACACUUUCCCUUAACACAAAGCGUAACUUCAGACUAGACGUUAAACAUGACAUGUUUUAGGUUUUCAGGUAAUUUACAUAAAUCCCCUCAGGCCCGAGCACUCAAUUUUGGGGAAGCCGCUAUAGUGAACUUUGGGGAAUUAGCACAAAAACCCCAGAAUUCCCCUUUAAUCUUGAUCAAUGUCAUUUGACUUUGGGGAUUUCCCCAAACUUGGGAGCUUGGGGGAGUACUUCUAAAGCAAUACUAUUGUAUAGCUAUAACUAUCUGAUCGGGUUGGGUAUUACAUAUGUUUGCAUUGUCGUAGCCUUGGCUUCUCACUAGAUGCUAGCAUAUAGCCGUGCAAGUAUACUGUUUGUGAUUCUGCGCUAUUGUCUGUUGGACAAGCAUAUAACCCAAGUAACAACCAAAUACGAAAUCAGAUGGGAAAAUGCCUUUAUUUGUUUCAAAUAUUGCUCACAUUUUUGUCUGAAUAUGAUAGCAUUUCUGAAAAGACAGUCUGCCUUACCAUCAUAUCCGGGCUUUAUUCUAAUCUUUCUCCAAUAAGCUGUACACAUCGUAUAAUAUAUACUAUAACUGGCACGUCUGAACUUGAAACGUUUGUACGUGUGAUAAUGGGUAAGCAUAUCAAGUAACAAUUUGUGGACUUGGUGAUUAUCUGCAAAGAAUAACGUGUUUUGCAGUCAUAUAUGGAUAUUCAUAAGUGUGGUAUGUUUACAUAUGUGUUAAUUUGAACACUCAAUCAGUAAGCAAUACCACGGAUUUCGAUACUAUUUAACCUGUAUCAGGUGACUAACUCAUGUAGUCUCAAUAAACAUGCUCAAAUCCAGAAAAACGCAUGAACUUCGUAUCUGGAUUUCAUAGGCUAAAUCCACGUUCUACAUACUGAAAACUUCGGUAUUCGUUUAAAGUUAAAGGUAUUACUCGUCUGCUGUUUGGCAAUACAUGCCAUAGUUAUUUUGUUGAAUGAAUCACUUGUGUUUUCUGUUUUAGAUUUUGCAGAAAAUCCGUUUGUUUGAAAAUGGUGGCUUUAUAGAGUUUCAAAUUAUGCCAGGGUGGAUUUUUGAAGCUCAGUUUUAAAUUCCGUGUGGUGAUCCGUAAUUUACGUCUGAUCUUCAUCAGAUCUUUUAUGUGAUUCAUACAUGAAGGAAGAUAAGUUAUUUUGCAUCUGUGGACUAAUCGUCGGGAUCGUAUUGCUAUUUUAUGUAUUGUCGCCGUAUAGUCCGACAUGUUUACUAAGAAGCUGUAUCCAUAAUCAGAAUGACCGUACAGGUUUUCUGUAUGCUGUUCCAACUACAAAAACAACUAAGCAUUUGAUGACAUAUACGAGAGAUAAUUCAAGUAAUGUGUCUGUGCUCGUCUUCAUCCAUAUUCAGAAAACUGCCGGUACACUUCUAGAACGUCGUUUAGUUAAAGAUGGUUUAGUGGGCAAAACAUGUUACUGUUUUUUCAGAAGACGCUGUAAUUGUAAAACGCCAAGUGGUGAUACUUGGCUUGUCAGCAGAUAUUCUACAGGCUGGGUAUGUGGACUUCAUGCUGACUUAACUGAAUUAACGGAAUGUAUUGACAGCAAGCUAAACAAAGUGGACCAUCAUAUUAUUAAAAGAAGGUACAUAUAUUUUACUUUGUUACGUGAUCCUGUCGAUCGUUUUAUUAGUGAAUGGCAACAUAUACGUCGCGGUGCUACAUGGCAUACAGCUACUCUUCGAUGUAAUAAACAAUACCCACCACUUGAACACUAUAAACCAUGUUAUUUUAAUGAAGAAAUUGUCGAAAAUAUCCCGUCUAAUGUAUCCAUUAAAUCUGUUAUAGAUUGUCCUUACAAUUUAGCAAGUAAUCGUCAAACAAGAAUGUUAGCAAACCUUUCUAGUCUAGGAUGUUAUAAACAUUUAACGAAAUGGUCUCAACCUCUCAAUGUAACAGCAUUAAUCCAUAUUCCACGAGUUUCAUUAGCUCUUUUAAACAGUGCUAAACAUAAUCUUGUCAGUAUUAUCAGUUGUUAUGGUUUAAGUGAAUACUUAAUUUAUUCACAAUACAUAUUACAAAAAUGUUUACAUAUUACUUUUAAACGUUCAUUUAUUGAAUUUAAUAAAAUAUCUUUUAUGAAACAAAGAUUAUUGUUUACACAUGCUACAAUAAUCCGUUCCAAUUUAAAUCAGUCUACUUUGCGUCAAAUACAAAAUGUAAAUAGGCUAGAUAUUUUCCUAUACAAUUUUGCCAAACAAUUAUUUGUGUAUCGAUUAGUAAAUUAUUUAUUAUUUGAUUCAAAUAUACCGCUGCAUUUCAGACGACCUUUACACACUAUUUGGCACAAUAGACCUAGGUCUAAAUCAUAUAUAGGUCUAAGUUAUUUACUGUUUUCCAAUCCUGUCAUCAAUUAUCAUGAUGCUAAUAUCAGUAGUAAUGCAUUUUCAUAUCGUUUCAAUUUAUUUCUUACUAAUUUGUUCAUUCGUAAAGGUAGCAUUCCAGUAUCUGAGUCUAUUUUAACCAGUGAAAAUAAGAAAUGGAGUGAUCGACUUUCUUACGAUUUUAAAAUCUAGUUUGUAAAUUACUUACGAUUUGUUCAUCGACCAUCUCCCUCUUCGCUCACUUUUUGUAUUUCUAUUUUUCCAAACAGUUUUGGAUUGUAAAAUGAUGUUUGUUUUACCAAAUAUUAUUUAAAGUAUUUUCUCACAAAUUGUUCUAAUGGGAAGAGUAAAGAAAGUGACAAACUAUGAAAAGCAUUUGUGGGGGUGGCAUUAGUAUGCUUAAUUUCUAUGCGUUAUUAUUAACAGUUAUUUCAUAUGAUUUCCAUUUUUUCAUAAUUGCAAGUUUUCAUUUUAUUUAGCAUAUCUUCUUUUUUUCUCAAAUAAUUGUAACCUAAUCAUGAGCUAAAUAUCCUAAUUUUGUACCCGAAAUGUAUUAUUUUAGUUAUUGUAUGUUGUCGUUCAGUUGUUCAUAUCUCUAGAUAUGUACAUUUAUGGGUUAGCGAUUUAUUUAGAUACAGACGUUUGGACUAAUA